AUCUUUUGACAUCGUCCUCUUCGAAAACCAAUCCCCCUGGUUUCAAUAAUUCGCACCUAUCAGUAACGAGAUCAAACAUCUCGCACACAGUUUUCUUCCUUCUUCUCUCGAACUCUCUGGUCUUCCUUCACAGUGUCCUGUAUUUCCCUUAUAAAUCCGUCCUCCUCUGCUUGAAUUCCGCAGUCGAACCCCAAACCCGCGAAAUCCAUGGAUCCGGACCCGAGAAACUACCCGCUCCUCGCCUUCGCUCUCUACCAGAUCGAUCCCAACUCUCACCCUUACCUCCCGCCCGACGUCGCCCGCAACCUGUUCGACCAAAUGCCUCCCUUGGCCAACCCAAAGGUCGCGUCUUCCCUCGCCCAGUCCAUCCCCGCCAACAUCCUCCAGACCCGCACCCUCCUCCACGCCCUCGGGCCGCGGCCCGACCCGGGGGCCGUAGCAGCGGCGCGCGCGAAGAUCGCGCAGCUCGAAGCGGGCGACGGAGCCGCCGAAGCGAAUAAGAGCGAGGUCGGGAUAUACAAGGCGGUGGUGAGGUUGGAGGAGAUGCACGAGGAGUACGAGAAGCAGCUGAGGGACGCGGAGGAUAGGCUGGUGGAGGUCUAUGGGCGCGUCGUCGAGGAAGAAGCUGGAGUAGUUGAUGAGGAGGUGGUUAGGGUUUUGAGGGAGGUGGAGGAGAACAGGGCUGUGGAGAGAGUUGAGCUGAGUGGGAGGCAGCUCAGGUUUGUGCCCGAGGCCUUUGGGAAGAUCAGUGGUUUGCUUGUGCUUGACCUGUCUCACAAUCUGCUUGAGGUUAUUCCCGACUCUAUAGGAGGACUAAAGAGUCUUGAGCUGCUCGACGUCUCUUCCAACCUUUUAGAGUCUCUUCCAGAUUCCAUUGGUUUGCUUGUGAACUUAAAGGUUCUCAAUGUCUCAGGAAACAAGUUGAAGGUCCUUCCUGAAAGCAUUGCUUGGUGCAGUUCGCUGAAUGAGCUUGAUGCCAGUUUCAACAACCUUACUUGUUUGCCGACAAAUAUCGGAUAUGGGCUAACUAAUCUGGAGAAGCUGUCAAUUUCCUUGAACAAGCUCUGUGUGCUUCCACAAUCGAUCUGUGAGAUGAAAUCUUUGCGGUAUCUUGAUGCCCAUUUUAAUGAGCUCCGAGGCCUGCCACAUGCUAUUGGAAGAUUGGCCUACCUUGAGGUCCUGAACCUGAGCAGCAAUUUCAAUGACUUUACCGAACUUCCGGAUACAAUUGGUGAUCUUACCAACCUGAGGGAGCUUGAUCUCAGCAACAACCAAAUCCGAGCUCUUCCUGAUUCGUUUUACCGGCUUGAGAACCUCGUCAAGCUAAACUUGGACGAGAAUCCUCUGGUGGUCCCACCUCUGGAGAUUGCGAAGAAAGGAGCAGAAGCUGUGAGGGAAUUCAUGAGGAAGAGGUGGCAGGACAUGCUGGCAGAGGAACAGCUGAGAAGCAUUCGUCAAGCAAGCCAGCCACAGGCUCAGGCUGGAUGGCUCGCGUGGGGCGGCUCGCUGCUCGGCGGGCUUGUUUCGGGUGUGUCGCAAAGUGUGGCCGGAUAUUUGGGUGGUGAAAAGGCUCCAAGGGACCCAUACUUGGAUCAACAGCUUUAAAAUGGAUGUAAUCUCUUAUCCUUUAUAGUGUUUCCCAGUGGCUUGUACAAUUGAUAAAGAAUAAUACUUGGCUGUUUCAUCUACUUUUAGUUCAAAUUAGAGGACAUGUACACAUUGGCUACCUUAAAAACAAUGUAACGUGUUGAUACAAGAUUUUGUUACUUUUGGGGGCUUGCCUAA